AUGGAUGUCACAGCCCUUCGAGACCGCAUUCAGUCUACUCUAGACGCGAAUGCGGAUAUUCGCCGGCAAGCAGAGCUUGAUUUGAAAUAUGCUGAGACACAACCCGGAUUUAUCAAUGGACUUUUGGACAUCCUGCAGGGCGAGCAGAACAACGCAGUUCAGCUCUCUGCUGGUGUUUACUUGAAGAACCGUAUUACUCGUGGAUGGGCCCCCGUCGAAGAUAGCCCGCAGCGUACGCCUAUUCCUGAAGCCGAGAAGCCCGCUUUCAGAGAGAGACUUAUUCCUGCCCUGGCCUCGACACCGCCCAACGUCCGCAAUCAGCUGGUUCCUCUCCUCCAGAAGAUUCUCCAAAACGAUUUCCCUGAACAGUGGCCCGGAUUUUUGGAUCUCACUCUGCAGCUCCUUGGCACCAAUGACGCCAGUACGGUCUAUGCGGGUUUGCAGUGUCUAUUGGCAAUCUGCCGGGUGUACAGGUUUAAGGCGGGCGAGAAGAGAGAGGAGUUUGAUAAAAUCGUGGAGCACUCGUUCCCCCAGCUGCUCAGCAUCGGGUCAAAGCUCGUUGAUGAGGAAAGUUUGGAGGCUGCGGAGAUGCUCCGACUCGUGGUGAAGGCUUUCAAACAUGCGAUCUACUUUGAGCUUUCUCCGUGUCUACAGACCCACCAGGCAACUGUGGACUGGUGCACACUGUUCCUGCGCAUUAUCUCAAAGACACCCCCUGCAAGCUCCAUGGGAGAUUCGAAGGAGGACCGGGAGAUGAACCACUGGUGGAAGUGCAAGAAGUGGUCAUACGCCAACCUGAACCGUCUAUUUAUCAGAUACGGCAACCCAACCACGAUCACGAAAUCCUCUUCCCCCGACUACACACCUUACGCGAAGACCUUCAUCAGCACAUUCGCGCCCGAAAUUCUCAAGGGAUACCUGACAGAAAUCGAUAAGUGGGUUUCCAAGACCCAAUGGCUCAGCAACUCCGCACUUUCAUAUACAUUGGUCUUUAUGGAGGAGUGUGUCAAGCCCAAGGUCAUGUGGGAGCACCUCAAGCCCCAUAUGGACAACUUGAUCGCCCACUUCGUGUUCCCUAUCUUGUGCCAAUCUGACGAGGAUAUUGAGCUCUUCGAGGACGACCCAUCUGAGUAUCUCCACCGCAAGCUGAACUUCUAUGAGGAAGUAUCAGCCCCUGAUGUUGCCGCCACAAACUUCCUGGUUUCUCUUACCAAGAACCGCAAGAAGCAGACUUUCUCUAUCCUCACUUUCGUCAACAGUGUUGUUAGCAAGUACGAGUCUGAGCCGGAAGAACAGAAGCAGCCCAGGGAGAAGGAGGGCGCUUUGCGCAUGAUUGGCUCACUCGCCUCGGUCAUCCUGGGCAAGAAGAGCCCAAUUGCUGACCAGGUCGAAUACUUCUUCGUCCGUCACGUUUUCCCCGAAUUCCGCAGUCCCCACGGCUUCCUCCGUGCCCGUGCAUGCGACACCCUGGAGAAGUUCGAGCAGCUCGAUUUCAAGGACCCCAACAACCUCAUGGUUAUCUACCGAAACAUCCUCGAGUCGAUGACCGACUCCGAACUUCCCGUGCGAGUUGAGGCCGCUCUUGCUCUGCAGCCCCUCAUUCGUCACGAUGUCAUUCGUACCUCGAUGCAGCAGAACAUUCCCCAGAUCAUGCAGCAACUUCUUAAGUUGGCCAAUGAGGUCGAUGUGGAUGCCCUGGCCAAUGUCAUGGAGGACUUUGUUGAGGUCUUCUCUGCUGAGCUUACGCCCUUUGCCGUGGCGCUCAGCGAGCAGCUCCGCGAUACUUAUAUGCGUAUUGUUGGUGAGCUUUUGGAGCGGAAUGCUACCAAGGGUGGUGAUGAUGAUGGCUAUGGCGAUUUCUUGGACGAUAAGAGCAUCACCGCUUUGGGCGUGUUGCAGACCAUUGGUACUCUUAUUCUCACCCUCGAGAGCACUCCCGACGUGCUCCUGCACCUCGAGACCAUUUUGAUGCCUGUCAUCAGCAUCACGCUGGAGAACAAGCUUUACGAUCUCUAUAACGAAAUUUUCGAGAUCAUCGACAGCUGCACUUUCGCAUCCAAGACUAUUUCUCCAUCCAUGUGGCAGGCCUUUGAGCUGAUCCACAAGACCUUCAAGGCUGGUGCUGAGUUGUAUCUCGAAGAUAUGCUCCCAGCUCUUGACAACUAUGUUGCCUACGGCUCUGAGAUGCUGGUUCAAAACCCGGCUUACCUCGGCGCCAUGGUCGGUAUGGUCCAGGACAUCUUUUCUGAUGACAAGGUCGGUGGCGUUGACCGCAUCUGCGGUUGCAAGCUUGCCGAGACUCUGAUGCUCAACCUCCGGGGUCACAUUGACCAGUAUAUCCCCAUGUUCAUUGAGAUGGCUAUGCAGGUCAUUGAUGCCGGCGAGGCACGCACCAAGUCGUACCGUAUUCACUUGAUGGAGAUGGUCAUCAACGCCAUCUACUACAACUCAGCUCUCAGUCUCCAGGUCAUGGAGGCCAAGGGCUGGACCAACAAGUUCUUCAGCACUUGGUUUGCUAACAUUGACAACUUCAGACGUGUGCACGAUAAGAAGCUGUCAAUUGCCGCAAUCAGCUCACUGCUUACCCUCAAGGCCACUGACGUUCCUGUCAGUGUCCAGCAGGGAUGGCCGAGACUGUUGCAGGGUGUGACCAGACUCUUCCAAACUCUGCCUGCUGCUCUCAAGCAACGCGAGGAUGCUACUAGAGAAUCCGACUUCACUCUCGAUGACGAAGACGAUGAGGAUGACGAGGACAAUGACUGGGAUGGAGAUGUCGAAUGGGACGAAAACGAAGUCGAGGCAGCUCUUGACGACGACGUCCCCGACGAGAGUGCCGCUUACCUCGACUUCCUCAACCAGGAGGCUCAAAAGUUCGGCUCAUUCGCCGAUGAUGACGAUGAUGACAUGGACGAGGAAAGCCUUCUGGAGACCCCUCUGGAUAAGGUGGAGCCAUAUGGCAUGUUCAAGCACGUUCUGCUGAGCCUUCAACAAGAACAGCCCCAGCUCUAUGAGAGCCUGACCAAGGUUCUCGGCCCCGAAGAACAGCAGAUCAUCCAAGGUGUCUUCCACGAAGCAGAUGCCAAGGCUAUGGUCGCCGCUGCCAACGCAGAAGCCGCCGCCGCUGCGGGUAUGCAGGCCAACGGCAACUAA